CAACAACAUAACACCCGCAACCACAAAGAAUAAUAACUAUAAGGUACUGCAUAUUUGGUAUUCUUAUAUUCACAUUUGUCGUGUGCGCUGCAUUCUCGAAAACGGGUUCUACGGCAUUCAUUCAAUUUAAUUCUGCACUGGCUCGUUUUUUAUGCUCGUGACGAAAGUGAAGUUCUACGCGAUCAUAAUCUAAGCAUUUCCGGCUCGAAAGUAAGAAGGGAAAAUAAACGGUGAUUUGCAAAUAAAACGGCAAAAGGCAAAACUGGCAAAAAAGUUAUUUAAUAUUCAUACCCGUGGUAGACAAAAAAUCUUCCACAGACAAACAUAGCAACAAGUCGGCGCCAACUCUCUUACUAAAAAAAAAGCAAGAAAUAAACCACAACCAAAUCCAAACUCAAACAACGCUGUGUUUAUUAACAUUCAGCUGAGAGCGUUGGAUAGGUAGAAAAGCCUCGUCUUCCGAGAAUUGGCAGUUAAUUUUUGAAAUCACCUCCGACCAAGCGGCGAACCCCUAAAAAGCGAUUAAGAAAAAAGAAAAGAACCAAAGACGAACCGAGACCUGUUAAAUACCCGUAGGUGUUGAGUGUGUGUGUGUGUGAGUGUGCGAGUGAUAACUGUGAAACUAUAUACCCAAAAGUUAGAAAAAAAGGAAAGAUUCCGAUACACCGCAGAUACAGUGAAUGGGCCGAUUUCAUAAUAACGGCCAAAGAAUCGCAACUGACGCAAUUCAAUUUGCCCAGCAUCGCGCAGCGUCGACCGCAAGCUCAUAAAUUGAGAUUAAGCAAGAGCUCAACGCGGACUGAGGGGUUUUGGCCAAGAGCAAUAGCAAAUCAAUCACAGAGCGCUCGUCGCCCCACCACAAUUUGCAUGAGCCAACUCGGAAGCAGCCAGCAGAAUCCAAAUCAGACUCCAAGUCAACCGACACAGAUUCAGAUACAGAGCCAUCAUCCCAGCCAACAUCAAAAUCAAAGCCAGCAGCCAAAGCGUCGGCCAAGUGGCGUUUUAUGGCAAUUGCGCCAUCAGCUGCACAAGCGUAGCACGAGGAAGAUGAAAACCAUUUCAUGAUACUACAAGUGGUCCGAAUCGGUGCUAUUGAACUAUCUGAGAAUGCCGUCGACGCCGUACGAUCUGGUCCAGGAUGACCAGGAUCUGCGGGUGCCGCUGCACGCCGAGCAGGCCUUCUUCCACGGCAUCACAUUUCAGGCCAAGUUUGUCGGCUGGGAGGAGGUGCCGCGACCCAACACUCGAGCCGAGAUCGUCCAGGCCAUGCGUCGCAUAAGGUACGAGUGCAAAGUUCAAAAUCUGAAGAAGCGAAAGGUCACCAUCCACAUAUCGGUAAAUGGCGUACGCGUUGUGCUCAAAAAGCGUCGUCGAAAAAAAAAGAACUGGACCAAUGACCCCGAGGAAAUCGAGUUGCUCAAUCAUCCCAUCUAUAGAAUAUUCUACGUGUCCCACGACAGCAGCGAUCUCAAGAUAUUCAGCUAUAUUGCGCGCGAUGCCAGCACGGAUACGUUUAAGUGUUCCGUCUUCAAAAGUCACAAAAAGUCCCAGGCCAUGCGCAUCGUUCGCACCGUGGGACAAGCCUUUGAAGUGUGCCACAAAUUUAAUCUUCAUAAGAAUUCCCUGGAACCCAAUGACGAACGCUCCGACAUAUCCUCCUCGGAGCUGCUGGACGUGGAGCAAAUCAGCGAGCAGCAGCUCAGCGAAGACGGCGAACGCGGUGGCGGUGGCGACAACGAGACGCCCAAGAAAGAGCACUUGGCCAUAUCGCCCGAUCUGAACCGCACGCAGCCGCAGCGUCCAAGCCACUUGGAGCUGAUGCCAUCGCAUUCGAGUCUACGCAAAUCGAACAGCCUGCUGUGCGAUGUGGACGACAAGUCUCCAGGCUCACCUUCCUCUCCGCGCUCUGAGAUCAGCCAGCUGAAGGACCAGCUGGAGGCACAGGCUCUUCAAACGCGCCAGGCUCUUGGCCAACUGAUGAUGGUGCGGGAGCAGCUCAUCUCGGAGACCAAUGCGCGCAUCGAGGCGCAGGCGCGCACCCAACAGCUGCUGCAGCAGAACCGGGAGCUCCUGGAGCACCUGGCCUCCUUGGGGGCCUACAACGAACAGCAGAGUGCGGGCCUCACGUCGGCCAAUAUCGGAAUGGCGCCACAGCAAUCGCAGCUGCAAAUGCUGCUGCAGGCCACCAGCAACAACAACAAUUUGGCCACGAUCAAUCAGCAGAUCAGCAAUUUGGGCAGCAUCAAUCAGCAGUUGACCUCGCUGAGUCACCAGCUGAGUGGCCUCAAUCAGCAGAGCCAGCACCUCCAGAAUUUGCAACAGCAACAGCAGCAGCAGCAGCAACAAGCGGUUCCCAAUCCGGCCACGCCCCCUCCCGUGGCGGGGGGCAGUAGUCCUUACCCCUCGAUGAGCGCCCUGCAGAGCAUCAGCAAUCAGUUGCAGCAACAGCAACAGCAGGAUGCCUUGUCCAAGGAUCUGUUCCAGGUGAAUCAGGAGCUGCUGAAUCGCCUGCAGGCCCUGAAUCUGAAUGCCAAUCCUGGCCAGGGCCAGCAGACGCCCUCCGCCGCGGGCCACAACUCCUUCUUCUAUGUGAAUCCAUUGUCCUGCACUCCGGCCACUCCGAAUAAUAAUGCUGGAGGAGGAGGAGCUGGAGCUGGAGGAGCCUUCAAUUUCCUCACCUCGCCGGCGGCCACGGGAACGCUGACGCCCUCGCCGUUGGGCACCAUGAAUCGGAACUCCUUCGCCGGCAGUUCGUCCUUGAACGAGGAUAUCCGGCUGAGCAUCGAGCAGAAUCUGAAUAGUCUGGAGGAGCAGCUCAAGGCGGCCGUUUCGAAUGGCAAUUUGGCUGGACUGGCCUGUGGUGGAUCCACGAGCACACGGGACACCAGUCGCAGUUCCUCAACGCUGGACUCGCCAUCAUCACCUCGUUUAAGAAGCAGCAACAAUAACAUAAGUCCCGGGAGCAGCAAUGGCAACCAGAGCCAAAAUCAGAACAAUAAUAGCAACAGCAGUCGGGAGACGCGAUUCAAUACGGUUUUGCUGAGGGUCACCGACGAGGCGGGUCACCAGAGGAAGCUAUCGGCCACGCCCAGUUUCAUCACCAGGAGCACCAGCGAGAAGGUGCCCAAUCGCAGCCAGAUGAUGAGCCAGGUGCAGAGGACCACCUGGGCCAGGCAUACCACUAAAUAAAUUAUAUUAAAGAGAGCCUGAGGAUCGAGUGAAUGAGUGGGUGGAACAGUAUUAAUUUAGGAGCAACACAACCCUACUUUAGUUUCGCAUUUUAGGUGUCCUAGGCGUUUAAUGUGCCAAUUAUUUGCCCAGCUCAACGUCUAUUUAAGUGUAAAAUAUAUCUAAAUCUAUAUAGCGUUAUCUUCUAGCUCAAAGUGUGUGCCAAAGUCAGAGUAUAUAGCCCUUUGGCGUUUGGUUUACUUAGGUAAAAGUAUUUGUGAAACAUAAUCUUAGCAUAUCAGCAACGAAGAAACUUACUCAAAAAGUUUGCCAUAAUCGUUUGAAAGUAUUUUCUCUUCCCCCAAAUGAAAUCUAUAUCUAUACAACUAGUGUUUAAGCUAAUGAGUCUA